AUGGAGACGCGGCUGCUGUGGUUCUGCAACUGGAGCGUGCUGGGCGUGUGCGCGACGCUCAAGCUGCCGCAGAUCUUCGCCGUGCUGGGGGCGCGCAGCGCGCGGGGCAUCAGCCUCCCGAGCCUACUUCUGGAGCUGGCUGGGUUUCUGGUCUUUCUCCGGUACCAGUGUUACUACGAGUACCCACUGCUGACCUACCUGGAGUACCCCAUCCUCGUCGCACAAGAUCUCAUCCUCCUGCUGUGUGUCUUCCAUUUCAAGGGGGAUGUGAAACGGGCAGCACCAUACAUCGUCCUCUGUGUGUCUGCUUGGUUCAUCCUCACCCUGCAGAAGUGGAUCAUAGAUCUGGCCAUGCAGGGACUGUCCACAACACUUGUUUCCUGGGUGCCAACUCAACAUCAGCCACUGGGGCCUCGGGACAGGAAUUUAUGUACUUUCAUCAGUGCAGCCAGUAAGUUUGCACAGCUCCAGUACCUGUGGAAAAGCAGGGACUCGGGAGCCGUGAGUGCUGUCACGUGGAGCCUUGCUUCAUAUACCUGUGCGGCAAGAAUAGUGACAACUUUAAUGACCACCAGUGAUCUUACAAUUCUUACACGUUUUGUGGCCAUGCUGGCCUUAAAUACAUGGGUAGCAGCUACAAUUCUUCACUACCAGAAGACCGAUGUGAAGUCUGAGUGA